ACAAAACAAAUCCUGUUUGGUCAGUAAUACGUUUGCCUGUGUUACUGUAGAGGUCGCUGUUCUUAUUUGACCAGACUGCUCACAGACUAGAAAGCUCUUUAACACCUUCUGUAUCUUUUACGGUUCAACAAAGCCGGUGCUUCCUGUUUCCUGCACUGUUUACCCACGUUGUGAGUUUACAGCGGUGUGUGCAGUGAGCAGUAUAUAUCUAGAAUAAAAACUGUAUUCACUCAAAAAUGCGACCACUGACAGAUGAAGAAACAAAGACCAUGUUUGAGAAGCUGUCCAAAUAUAUUGGAGAUAACAUCAAGCUGUUGGUAGAUCGCCCAGAUGGAACCUACUGCUUCAGAUUACAUAACGACCGUGUUUAUUACUUAAGUGAGAAAAUUUUGAAAUUGGCUACAAAUAUUUCAAGGAAUAAGCUUGUGUCUCUGGGGACCUGCUUUGGAAAGUUCACAAAGACCUUGAAAUUCCGUCUUCACAUCACUGCCUUGGACUAUCUUGCCCCUUAUGCAAAGUAUAAGGUGUGGGUAAAGCCAGGAGCUGAGCAGUCCUAUUUAUAUGGAAACCACAUCUUGAAGUCUGGUCUGGGACGGAUUACAGAAAACACUGCACAGUACCAGGGUGUAGUUGUCUAUUCAAUGGCCGAUGUACCACUGGGAUUUGGAGUCGCAGCAAAAACCACUCAAGAGUGCCGAAAGGUGGAUCCAAUGGCGAUCGUGGUGUUUCACCAGGUGGACAUCGGAGAGUAUAUAAGAAGCGAGGACACCCUCACAUAAACUGCACCAAGCUCUUUUUAUAAAGCAUGACUGUACAAUAAAUAACAUCACAAGGAUUAAGUAAGCAAAUCCCCAAUCUACAAGCCUCUUGCAGUGAUGCCCAAGCUCUUCCCCCAACAUGGGAAGAUGGUUAACUGCAUACAAGCUCUGGAACCCUUGAAAUGGAAAAAUCAAUAUGGUGCCUCUGGAGGAAGUCACAUUGUAUUGAUCUGGACAUUUUACAAUAGUGGACUUCUUGUGUAAGAUGUGGUACACAAUAAAUAAAUGUUACAUUGUGUUUAUUUAGUAUUUUGCUGCAAAACAGCAAUACAAUGCUUGGUGUUUAUAAAUACACAUUUUGAUAUAAUGAUUCUGUACCCCUCCCCUUAUUUAAAGUGUACCUAGAGUUACCUAGGCAGAUCCGUAUGGUACCUAUGCCAAAACAGUAAUAAUUCACUGAUGGCAAGUGAAUGUAAUUUCCCUGUCAACCAAUUACUGUUGAUGUUUUAUAAAAUUUAUAAGUAAUUCCCCCCCUCUGUUCAAUCCAAUAAACUUUUCAGUUCUAA